AUGAUCACCCUAUUUACAGAAGUCAUAUUCAUCGAUGAGGCAGACAAGAAAACACUCGACGUCGCUGACUGGAAAAUCCUAACGCAAGGAGGAUAUACCGCUCACGACGUUAAGUAUCAGACCGCUAAAGCAUUCCUUUACAAGUGCCCGAUGUUAGUGACCGCACAGCGUAAGCUGGAUUUCGGUCCCGCCGACCAGCCAGUAAUGAUUAGACGUCUGCGCACGUAUCAGUUCAAGAGCCUCCCGAAUCUCAAACGAAAGGCCGCAGCGUGGCUCAAAAAGCACACCAUGGAGUGCGUUGUCUAGGCUGCUGAGGAGGCAAAAACAUGUGACGACGACAACGAGGACGAAACUGAUACCGAGAGCAACGAUAACGACGACGUAGAUGACGAGGAAGGUCUUUUGAAGGAGACGGAAAAGCAAGCCCUUUGGUCGCUGUUACUUGCGAAUCCCCUGGCCACAUUAACAUUGCAAUUUCGACAGACGAAGAAGAGGACAAUUGCGAUGAAGAUGCUGUAAGUAACACCUCGAUCGAUCGCCUCGAUUUGUUGUGGGAAGCCGUAAUCAGAUCGCACCCAGAGA